UACAGCGCGACGCGCGGCGGGCCGGUCCGCGGGGCUGCGAGUGGCGUCCUUCUGCCGGCGCGGGAGUGGGGCUGGAGGCGGGGCCGGGGCACGGCGCGGGGCCGCCCAGCUGCGCGCUGCUCGGCGCUCCUCCGGGCUCUGCGCCCACAGGAGGAAGUAACAGGAGAACUGUCUGACAUCCGAAGGAAGGUAAACAGAGACCAGAGAGGCAAGGUAGGAAGUUCUGUGUGCCCACGAAGACGGCAGGAGACAUACAGGGAAGGCUGCGUGGUUCGGCGGAGGGAAAGGCGGUACGAACCCCAAGCAGCAGGCCUGGAAGCUGAAGCGAACUUGGCCGUGCCUGUUGGUUCCAGGAGUCCCUAUGGAUUAUGGCAGGAAAAGUGAAAUGGGUCACUGAUAUCGAGAAGUCCGUGCUGAUAAAUAACUUUGAAAAGAGAGGAUGGAUCCAAGUGACAGAAAACGAAGACUGGAACUUUUACUGGAUGAGUGUACAAACCAUCCGGAACGUUUUUAGUGUCGAAACUGGCUAUCGGCUCUCAGACGAUCAAAUAGUGAACCAUUUUCCGAACCACUACGAGCUGACCCGGAAGGACCUGAUGGUGAAGAAUAUUAAAAGAUACAGGAAGGAGCUGGAGAAGGAAGGGAGCCCUCUAGCAGAAAAAGAUGAAAAUGGGAAAUACCUCUAUCUGGACUUUGUUCCGGUCACCUACAUGCUGCCCGCCGACUACAACCUGUUCGUGGAAGAGUUCAGAAAGAGCCCCUCCAGCACCUGGAUCAUGAAACCUUGCGGCAAAGCCCAGGGGAAGGGCAUCUUUCUGAUCAACAAGCUCUCGCAGAUCAAAAAGUGGUCCCGGGACAGCAAGACGUCUUCGUUCGUGACUCAGUCUACCAAGGAAGCCUACGUGAUCUCCCUCUACAUCAACAACCCGCUGCUCAUUGGCGGGAGGAAGUUUGACCUCCGCUUGUAUGUCCUGGUGUCCACGUACCGCCCGCUGCGCUGCUACAUGUAUAAGCUCGGAUUCUGCCGCUUCUGCACUGUGAAGUACACGCCGAGCACCAGCGAGCUAGACAAUAUGUUUGUUCAUCUCACCAACGUCGCCAUUCAGAAGCACGGGGAAGACUACAACCACAUCCACGGGGGCAAGUGGACCGUGAGCAACCUGCGGCUGUACCUGGAGAGCACCCGCGGCAAGGAGGUGACCAGCAAGCUGUUCGACGAGAUCCACUGGAUCAUCGUGCAGUCGCUGAAGGCCGUGGCGCCGGUGAUGAACAGCGACAAACACUGCUUCGAGUGCUACGGCUACGACAUCAUCAUCGACGACAAGCUGAAGCCCUGGUUGAUUGAGGUGAACGCAUCCCCGUCUCUCACCUCCAGCACCGCCAACGACCGAAUCCUGAAGUAUAACCUGAUCAAUGACACUCUCAAUAUUGCGGUCCCGAACGGCGAGAUUCCAGACUGUAAAUGGAACAAGUCACCCCCGAAGGAAGUCCUCGGCAAUUACGAAAUUCUCUAUGACGAAGAGCUGGCGCAGGGCGAUGGCGCUGACCGAGAGCUGAGAAGUCGUCAGGGCCAGUCGCAGGGGCCCAAGGGGGGCCGAUCGCGAGACUCGGGCAGAACCGUCCUCACCACCUGGAAGUGAGCACCAGUCGCCACGAAAGACGGCGAGCCAGACCUGCCGGAUACUCAGUGCACCUGGGCCCAUUUCAAAAUUUUCCUUUUUCUAGAGCUUUUUCCCCCCUUUCCUAAGCGCUGUAAAUAAAGGCACUUCUUUGGGAGGUUAAGGAGUCUCUUGUGAGGAAAGAUGCCCCGCUUCUCCUUCCCUCUCACGCAGUACCUCUGAGACCACACGCGUGGGGAUUUUCCCCACACCCAGCCUGUCUGCGCUCCUCUGGCUGGUGCUGGGUGUCCACGAUUUCUCUCCAUUUUGAUACCAUCUGCCUGGAGAUGGCGUCUGAUCCCACUGGGGAAGGACCCAGUCCCGCAAAGCUGUCCCCCUGCCCCCGCAUCGCCAUAACCUCGGAAGCCGAUCCUGGCUGUCUCCUGUACUCCUGACCUCCCUGCUCUAAGUGGGAGGUUCCCACCACCUUUCUCCAAGGGCUUCAUUCCUUGGCCAGAGUGGCUCACGGGACUCAGGAAAACCGUUCACCUGCUCGAUUACCCAUUUCUCAUGAACGAUGCAACUCGGGUCAGCCCGAUGGAAGAGAUGCAGGAGCUAAGGUAUGGGGGAAGGGGUGGGGAGCUUCCGUGCCCUCCCUGGGUACGCCGCCCUUCCAGCGCCUUCCUGGGGUGACCAGCCUGGAAGCUCUCUGGAGUCCGUAUUCGAGAUUUGUGUAGGUUUCAUUAUAUAUG